AUAUCUAUCCUCGUGAAAAACCUUCUUAUGCAACUAUCGUGUCCAAACUGAUUCUACAUCUUUAUAAAACAAACAGACAAUUUUGUUGAGAAAAUCGACGAAAACUGCUGUAUUUUUUAUUACGAAAUUUGGUUGAUAAUUUUCUUCCAUAUAAAUGAUCGACAACACAAUUCUAAGCCUUCCAAUCUUGACUGAAAUAGAUAUACAGUAACAGUGAAUUUGACGGAAAAAAGGACGAAACAGCGAGUUCCAUCAGCAAAUCCCGUCUCCUCAGACAAACAAUGGUAGUCAUUAGCUCGUAUAUAUUCUUUUACAAAUGUUGAAAAUCCCAGCUCAACUCUUUUCCUCUCUCUCGCCACAUCCGAACAUUUCCGUCGCAAAUUCACCACCAUUGCUGUCAUGGCCCCGCACUGGCAGGAAAGCCGUCAUCUGUCAGAACGUGCCUGCUAUUUCAGAGGUUCGUCCUCCUCUAAUAUUCAGAAUUGCGGACGCAAUAUUAAACGGGUCUUCAACGUCUUCUUCAGGUAGUGGUGGUGUAAGAAUUCAGCAGGACUCGAGUCCUGUCGGGGUGGGAGCAGAUGGAAAACGUGGAACCAGGAUUAAUGCCAAGGAUAAGCGCAUAGGGACUGGGGACAGCUCGCUGAGUAAAGACGAUGCUCUUCCUUUGCCGAUAUUGUACCCGGGUUCCACUCCAGUGCCCAAAGAAAUUAUCGACAAAAGAUUGCAGUGCAAUCCCGAGAAGGAGUACUGCAAGGAAGUUGUUUAUGAGUGGACAGGGAAGUGUCGGAGUUGUCAAGGAAGUGGAUAUGCUAGUUAUUACACGAAAAAAGGCCGUGAAGUUGUUAGCAAGUGUAUCCCUUGUCUUGGAAUAGGGUAUGUCCAGAAAAUAACAAGGCGAAGUGAUAUUGAUGUCAUGGAGGACCUGGAUAAUGGAAAACCUCCAUGAGUAGGAAAUCAUUCUGAGCAAAAAAGUUGAGGAAGGAAAUUUUAUUUAAGCAAAAGAUAUUGGAAAAGGAUAUCUAUACUCGUUCAUUUAAAAUAAAUUCAAGUUUCUAGGUUCAAUUGUAUCUUCAAGGAAAAAAGAUGUGACGAUUAAUUAUUUGUCUUGCAUUGCAUGGCAUGGCAUUGCUCCAUAUCUUUGCUAAUUUUAAUAUGACCCUCUGUCUUCAAGAGAAAAUUUGUUGUGUUAUAGAUGUUGAGGCAAUCGACUUCAUCUGACUUCAGGAAUGGUCAAUAUAUUGGUUUCAUCCUUUUUGGCAAAACCUUGUCAGAAUGUGAGGGCACUUCUGCCUUCUUCACAUUUAUAUUUUUUUAAACAUCAUCUUCAAUAAUAUCACAUCACAGCUCGGAAAUAA